AUGAAUGAUAAUUGGGAUAAUGUUUUAGUGCAGAUGAUAAAAUCAUUCUCUCUAUUUGCUGUAGCAGCUGUAGUCAUCGGAGUCGGGACGUAUUACUACCUCUGGAGAGUUCCAGAUAUGCCUAAACUAGAUUUUGAACGAUGGUGGGGAAACGGUGAUAAACCAAAUGAAGACGAUAAAACUAUAAGAGCAUUUAAAAUUGUAUUCAAUGAAACGAUGAUCGAAGAUUUAAAAUACAGAUUAAGAAACAGGCGUCCUUAUACUCAACCUUUAGAAGGAAUGCAAUCUGAAUACGGAAUUAACACGAUAUACUUGGACAAAAUAUUGCAGUAUUGGCACGAUAAAUAUAAUUUUAAAAAGAGGGUCGAUCUCCUUAAUAGAUAUCCUCAUUAUAAAACCAAGAUUCAAGGACUUGAUAUACAUUUUAUCAGAGUGAAACCUGAGUCAACGAACAAGAAAAUACUUCCUAUAUUGCUGAUGCAUGGAUGGCCAAGUUCAUCUAAAGAGUUUGACAAAGUUAUUCCAAUGCUCACCACGCCUAGAACAGAAUAUGAUUUUGUGUUUGAAGUGAUUGCUGUCGAUUUACCAGGUUUUGGAUUUUCAGAGGGCACAAAUAAACCCGGGUUGACUCCAGUUCAGAUCGGUAUUAUUAUGAGAAAUCUAAUGAAAAGGAUUGGUAUUGACAAAUUCUACAUUCAAGCAGGCGAUUGGGGUUCCCAAGCCGCAACCCACAUGUGUACUAUAUUCCCCGACGAAAUACUCGGAUUUCAUUCAAACAUGCCACUGUCUUCUAGAUCAAUAAGUAACUUGAAAUACGUCAUCGGAUCAAUGUUUCCUAGUUUGUUUGUUGAAAGCAAACACAAGCAUAGAUUGUACCCUCUAAAAGACUUUUUUUUAUAUCUGGUCAGAGAAAGUGGUUAUUUUCAUUUGCAGGCGACGAAACCUGAUACAAUAGGAGCCGCAGUAACAGAUACUCCCGCUGGGAUGGCAGCUUACGUUUUUGAAAAAAUCGGUGUAUGCUCAAAUAAAAAACAAUUACAUACACAACACGGUGGACUAGAUAAUAUAGAUAUUGAUGACUUGCUAGACACGGCUACCAUUUUGUGGGCAAAUGCAUGCAUUACCACCUCUAUGAGAAUAUACGCAGAAGCGUUCGCGUGGCCUGAAACGUACAUAGUACACGACAUUCCAACAAAAGUACCGACAGCGGCUGUAAACUUUCUUCACGAAGUGAUCUAUCAACCUGAUUGGAUAUUAAGGGACAAAUUUAUAAAUUUAGUGCAUUCCACUACAUUAGAUUUUGGUGGACAUUUCGCAGCAAUGCAAACACCUAAGGAAUUAGUUGACGAUGUUUUCGCAUCAGUCAAUGAAUUCAUUAAAUUUAACACAAAAAAUGGUAAAAAAUAAUAAAGAUAACUCUGAUAUCAAUAAAAUGUACUUAAACGUAAUUGAUUUGCUCAAUAUCCGUAAGAUACAAUAUUUCAUUUGUUUCUUAAUAAAAAAUAUUUUUGUCAUUGUAAAACUA